CUUGCAAAAUGGCAGAAACCGACCUUAACAUGGUCUCGGAACCUGCCGCGCAGGGGGUUGCUGAAGAGAUGAUGGCUAGCUCGUCUAGUGAUUCUGGGGAAGAAUUUGACAGCAGUAGCGCUAGCAGCAGCUCUAGUUGCAGCAGCAGUUGCAGCCGCCGCAGCCGCUUAUAUAGAAAGAAGAGGAUACCUGAGCCUUCCAGAAGGGCGCGGCGGGCUCCCUCGAGCACAAAUUUCGUAGAUCGGCUGCCUCAGGCAGUUAGAAAUCGUGUGCAGGCGCUCAGAAAUAUUCAAAAUGAAUGUGACAAGGUAGACGCCCUGUUCUUAAAGGCAAUUCACGAUCUCGAAAGAAAAUACGCUGAACUCAAUAAGCCUCUGAAUGAUCGGCGUUUUCAAAUCAUCAAUGCCGAAUAUGAACCGACAGAAGAAGAAUGUGAAUGGAAUUCAGAGGAUGAGGUAUUCAGCAGUGAUGAGGAGGUGCAGGAAGACAGCCCUAGGGAAAUGCCUGCCUUAGAGGGUGAGGAAGAAGACGACCCUAAAGAAAAACUUGAGGUAAAGACUGAAGAAAAUGAGGGUCCUAAAGAAAUUCCUGUGGCAAGGUCUGAAGAAAAAGACGAGUCCAAAGAUUUUAUGGAGCAAAAGCCUGAAGUAAAAGAUCCUAAAGAAGUCCCCCAGGUAAAGGCACAAGAUAAAGAACAGUCUAAAGUAACAGAGGCUAAGACAAGGCCUGCAGUAAGAGAGGCUCCUAAAAGAGUUCCUGAGGUCAGGCCUAAAGAAAGAGUGACAAGAGCUCGCAAGGGAAAGCCAAAGAAAGAAGAUCCUAAAGGCAUUCCUGAGUAUUGGCUGACUGUUUUAAAGAAUGUUGACAAACUUGGGCCCAUGAUUCAGAAAUAUGAUGAGCCCAUUCUGAAGUUAUUGUCAGAUGUAAGCCUGAAGUUCUCAAAACCUGGUCAGCCUGUAAGUUACACAUUUGAAUUUUAUUUUCUACCAAAUCCAUAUUUCAGAAAUGAGGUGCUGACCAAGACAUACAUAGUAAAGUCCAAACCAGAUCACAAUGAUCCCUUCUUCUCUUGGGGAUGGGAAAUCCAAGAUUGCAAAGGCUGUAAAAUAGACUGGAGAAGAGGAAAGAAUGUCACCAUGACAACCACUCAGCAUUGCACAACUGCUACUGGAGGCAUUGAAAUCCAGCCAAGAGUGGUUCCCAAUGCAUCAGUCUUCAGAUUCUUUAGCCCUCCUGAGAUUCCUAAGAUUGGAAAGCUGAAAUCACGAGAAGGUGCUAUCCUUGAUGAGGACUUUGAAAUUGGUCAAAUUUUACAUGAUAACGUCAUCCUGAAGUCAGUCUAUUACUAUACAGGAGAAGUCAAUGGUAUCUAUGAUGAUGGCAAAGAUUACGGAAACAGGAAAUAACGAAAAUAA